CCCGUGGUGCAUCCUGCUGCUGCCUGCCUGCUGCCAGCCUUGCAAUCACUACAAAUGCCUCCCUUGUGGGGUGGUGGCUGCUUUCGUACUCUUGGGUUCUUCUGUCUGUUUGCAGUGGUGGAAACAAGAAUCAGAACCUAUUACCUUGGGAUUGUGGAAGAGAACUGGGACUAUGCACCGUCUGGGAAGAAUCUGAUCACAGGACAGAACCUCUUAGAGGACAAGUUUGCAAGUGUGUAUGCAACAAGAGGAGCCAACCGGAUAGGGCGUGUGUACAAAAAGGCUAUUUUUAGGCAAUACACAGAUGACACAUAUUCCCAGGAAAUCCCCAAGGCAGCCUGGCUGGGGUUUCUUGGGCCAGUCCUGAAGGCAGAAGAAGAGGAUGUCUUUAUCAUCCAUUUAAAAAACUUUGCUUCCCGUCCAUACUCAGUGCAUCCACAUGGGGUCUUCUACGACAAGGAAUCUGAAGGAGCACUUUACCCUGAUGGAACUGGUGGUAAAAGCAAAGAGGAUGAUUUUGUUGUUCCUGGUGGAAAUUACACCUACACAUGGCCAGUAAGGAAAAGUUAUUCCCCAACUUUGACAGACUCAAACUGCUUGACUUGGAUUUACCAUUCUCACAUUGACACCCCAAGAGAUAUUGCAUCUGGUUUAAUUGGGCCACUGCUGGUUUGUAAAAAAGGAACUGCAGAUGAGACCUCAAUAGAAAGGACUGGUGCUGCUAAUGCUUUUGCCCUGAUGUUUAGCAUUAUAGAUGAAAAUGUCAGCUGGUACCUCGAUGAGAAUAUAAAUACCUUCUGCUUAGAACCAGCCACAGUUAACAAAGAGGAUGAAGGUUUCCAGACCAGCAACCGAAUGCAUGCAAUUAAUGGUUAUAUUUAUGGAAAUCUCCCUGGCUUGGAGAUGUGUGCUGACACUCCCAUGUCCUGGCACUUGUUUGGCAUGGGAAGUGAAAUAGAUAUCCACGCUGCGUACUUCUAUGGCCACACGUUCACUAGCAGAGACCAGAGGGCAGAUGUCAUCGGUCUGUUUGCAGCAACGUUCAUCACAGCAGAGAUGACUCCUGGGAACCCCGGGAGGUGGCUGAUAACGUGCCAAGUUAACGAGCAUUUACGAGGUGGCAUGGAGGCACUGUAUGAUGUACAGGUCUGCCAAAAAAACCUGUCUCGACCUUCACCACUCAGUCACAAAAGAAGAUACUAUAUUGCUGCUGAAGAAGUUCUCUGGAAUUAUGGACCUGACGGUUAUGAUAAAUUCACUGGGCAGGGCUUAAAUGCCACUGGCAGUGAAUCUGCAAUAUAUUUUACACAAGGGAUUGACAGAAUAGGAGGGCUAUACUGGAAGGUUCGCUAUGUGGAAUAUACCGACGCAACGUUCAGUAAAAGGAAGAUUCAGCCAGAGAACAUGAAACACCUGGGAAUACUUGGCCCCGUUAUAAAAGCUGAAGUGGGAGAUACAGUGCUAGUUACUUUUGCCAACAAAGCCAGAAGGAGCUAUAGCAUUAUGGCCCACGGUGUAAGCUUCAGCAAACUGUCAGAAGGUGCACCCUACUUAGAUGGAUAUAUGAAGCCAGGAGCCCAUGUUAAGCCAGGUGAAACCUUCACGUACAAAUGGAGAGUGCCUGAAAAUGGAGGUCCAAGUGAAAGUGACCCACCAUGCCUCACCUACCUGUACUACUCAGCCACUGACGCUGUCAAGGACACCAGCUCUGGCCUGGUGGGGCCUUUGCUGGUCUGUCGGAAGAACUCACUGAAUGAGAACGGAAUGCAGGUGCUCGAAGUGGAGAAUGGCUUCUCCAAAACAGCAGGGUGGUGGGCUGUGGGGAGAAUGGAUUUGCACUGUUCCCAGCUCAAAUCUAAAAGUUUGAAAAAAUGUCAUUCCUCAGGGUAAAAGCUGACCUAUGGGAUGGAUAAGAAGGUGAAACUGGUAUUCCCCAGCACUCAGACUUGUCCCUUGGUUUUCCAUCUUUUCCAUGCAUUCAUUAGCAAUGACUGCAUCUUUUCAUCCUCACUGGAUUUCUUUUUUUCCUUCUGGCUCAUUGAAGAGUGCGAAUCCAAAUGCUCUAAAAGGAGAU